AUGGCCGUGUUUUGGACUCAAUACUGUUGAAAACUGGUGUACCAAAAAAUACUUGGCAAAUUGAGGGAAAGUACAUAGCAAAGAAAUCUUGAGUUGGACUUUCAUACGGCGAACGGUAGUCAUCCGACGACUAUGAAUUCAAUCAAACAGAAGUCAUUCAGAUAUUUCCUUCUUAUCUGAUUUAGAUAUCUGGGUUUGAUUCAGUUCUGUUGAUGAAAUCGAGAUGGGUCUAUCAAUCAAGUUUUCAUCUUUGAAACUCGAGUUGAUUUCUUGGUAAAUCUUCAAUCUUUUUUCACUACUACAGCUUGUAUGAUUUUAGGAUCAUCUUCUUACACAAGAACCCCAAUAGAGUAUCGGUUUCCGAGUUUCCUCUAAAUCAGAUUUUUCCUCAUGGGUUUACUUAGAUUUUAAUUACAUUUUGCUGUCGGUCUAGUUUAAGAACCCUAUUUUGAGUAAAAAAGGGCAUUCGUAUUUGGCUAUUCUGGAUAUUGGGCGUCUUUUAGAUCAGAUUUCGCUUGACGGUGUACCGAUUUCUCCCCAUUUUGGUGUUGAAUUAUUUCAGUUAGCCCUAAUUCGAAAAGGGUUCCCGAUUUAGCCUAAUUAUCUGAUUCUAAGAGCUGGAAUUAGUAUUUCCUAUUGAAUGGAAGCACCAAAUUCGUAAGUGAUUGUGUUUGAAAAAAUCGGAUUCUGUUUUUGAAAUUUGAUGAGAUGGAGGAAAAUGCAGCUGCUUUGCAUACUGCUAAGAAUUCGGUUCAGGCAUUGGGUAAGGGCUUUGAUGUAAAUUUUGACACAAGGUUGCUAUACUGUAAGGGAGUUGCAGGGAGUAAAGUUGUGGAGAUUGAUGAAGAACACAAAAGGGAUCUUUGGUUAUAUGAUAACUUGGUUGUGCCAAAUGUAUCAAGGGAUAUAGAGAGUUAUCAGGAACCAAUUAAUCGUAAUAGUUCUGGUGUUUGCAAUUAUCAUGAGAUGGUUGAGUAUUUUAACAAGAGAGCCAAUCUAUCAGGCAAUGUUCCUCUUGGUAGCUUCAAUGCUGCAUUUAGUUUCACGGGUUCAAAACAUAUUGAUGCUGCAAACACAAAGACACUUUGUACAGAUGGUUAUUUCAUCCCACUUGCUAAAUUUGAAAUCACAAAGUCAUCUUUAAUAUUACAAGAAAGUGUUAAACGAGCAGUGCCCACAUCGUGGGACCCACCAGCCUUAGCAAGUUUUAUCGAGAAUUUUGGAACACAUGUAAUCACAUCUGUCACAAUCGGUGGUAAAGAUGUUAUAUAUGUUAAACAACAUCUAUCAUCACCUUUGUCAACUGUGGAAAUAAAAAACUAUGUUCAAGAUAUAGGAAACCAUAGAUUCUGCAACACCGAAAACCUAACCGAUUCGGGUCUUUUGAGAUACAAGGAAAAGGGUGGUGAUCCGUCAUUGUUUAGUAGCCAAGGCAUAUAUCCUCAACCCACAAAUGCACCGUCACUCGGUGGAAAUGCAAAGGAAGAUGUAACAGUUAUUUUCAGAAGAAGAGGAGGAGAUGAUCUGGAGCAAAGCCAUACUCAAUGGGAGAAAACCGUAAAAUACUCUCCAGAUGUCAUCAGCAUGUCAUUCAUUCCCAUUACUUCUCUUCUUGAAGGAUUACCCGGAAAAGACCAUUUGACCCGCGCUAUUGCUCUCUACCUUGAAUACAAACCUCAGAUAGAAGAACUAAGAUACUUUCUAGAGUUCCAGGUGGCACGAGUGUGGGCCCCAUUACAAGAUCGGCUUCCAGGUCAUCAAAGAAAGGAACCUGUUUGUCCAUCUUUACAAUUUAGCAUGAUGGGCCAAAAGCUUUACGUUUCUCAAGAUCAGAUAUCAGUGGGGCGUAAGCCAGUAACUGGGAUCCGAUUAUGCUUAGAAGGAUCAAAACACAACCGAUUAACCAUUCAUCUUCAACACCUACAAUCCCUCCCAAAAAUCCUUAGACCAUAUUGGGACACACAUGUAGCCAUCGGUGCACCCAAGUGGCUAGGACCCGAGGAGCAAGACAGCCGAUGGUUCGAGCCCGUGAAGUGGAAAAACUUCUCACAUGUCAGCUCCGCACCAAUCGAAAGCCCAGAAGCCGCUUUCAUUGGUGACUCGUGUGGGGUCCACAUAGUCACUGGGGCCCAGCUUGGUGUUUGGGAUUUCGGGUCGAGAAAUGUCCUUUACAUGAAACUUUUAUAUUCAUGGUUGCCUGGGUGCACCAUUCGAAGAUCUUUGUGGGACCACACUCCCAAUAAUGCUACUGGCUCGAGCCUGGGCUUGGGCUCGAGCCCAUGCUCGAGCAGUAGUAAUAAGUUGGCUAAGUUUGUUGAUAUGGCGGAGAUGAGUAAAGGGGCGGUGGAUCCGCCAGGGCAUUGGGUGGUUACUGGUGGUAAGCUUGGGGUUGAGAAAGGGAAAAUUGUAUUGAGAGUUAAGUAUUCUCUGUUGAACUAUUGAGUGUGGUUGUUUGUGUUGGGAAAGCUACCGGGCCGGGUCAGGUCGAGCUUGGUCGGGCCGGGUCAUGAGUGUUUUU